GCUUAAUGUUGUAGGUUCAUCUUGCGUUUUCUCUUUGAGCUAGUUAUCUAAAAAUAAUUUGUUCAGGCAUAACAUUGAAUAGGCACCUUUUCUCUCGUCCUGCAUGUUUUCUGUAUGUUUUUUUCGUUUGUUUCCUCUUGAAUACCAUGAUUCAUGUCCAUAUGUAUUGACAUAGCUUCUAGGACAUGAGUUGCUACACAAACUUGUAGUAUUUAUUUUAGACAAUUUCUUUAUUGAGAUUGCAUGUCAAUUCUAUAGUCUAUGUUCUAUAAUUAGCUUCCACAUGUAUGCAUUUCCUAUGUAUCUCUACUACACUCUUUUUGUAAUAUGUGUUGUCUUAAAUAUGCUAGUUUUCGAUGUUUUUUCAAGAAAGUAUGUAAAGUCAUAUUUCCCACUGGCAAUUAAGCAACUGCAUCUCUGAUGGUUGGAUGGAUAUUGACAUUUGUAGAAGUUGACAAGUUUUGGCUUGAGUGGCUUUUGAAAAAUCAUGGGUAAGGAGCUUGUUUAAUUGUUAGAUUUUGUCAAUCUUUCACACGGCCUUAUGCCUAAGUGGGUUGUGCUGUAUGAGCUUAACAUGGGCAUAUUGAAAACAAAUUGUUUUUGGAUAUUGUUAUGGGUUCUCAUAGAUCUGUUUCUUUGUUAAUCUGUACUGAUGGAAAUAAAGCAUUUAGAAUAUCUGAUUGCAUUAUUCAGUCAAUGCUCUGAAUCCACUUCCAUGUUUUUGUGUGUGCGAACAAAUGUGACUCUGAUGUACCAACAAAAUAAAUGCCGUUGUAAGAUGGUUCUCAGAUAUAAACUUAGUGAGUUUUGCCACAUUGUUUGUCACUUCUUUUUUCUCCUUGUUGCAAAUGCUUCCCACUUUUGUUAUUUUGUUCCAGAAUAUUUAAUCCAUAGUUCUAUUCAUAACUAAGAUUGCUUUUGCUCAAUUUUUUUGGUAUGUCUUUUGAUCAUUGGAAAUGUUGGCACUUGACGAAUUUGAUUUAUGGGAGCUUUGAUUGGCAAAUCCAAUUAUUGAUCUCUUAGGAGGUGAAUUAACCUCUUCUAAAAGCCUGAAAGUGUUGCUAGACGGCAACAUUGCUGAUGUUACCAUGUUGUUUUCCAUUUCCUUCUUUUUCGUGUUGCCCAGAUCUCUCAGCAUUUCUGGUGUUUGUGUUCCCUUUACCUUCUUGUUGGUUAAUGAGAAAUUUAGCUUCUUAGAUCUAAUUGUCAACUUAGUCUUUUGUUAUCCUGGUAAUUUGCUUAAUUUAUAAGCCCAAAAGUGUUGCUAGAUGGCAACUUUGCCGAGGUUACCAAGUUUUUCGGUAUCCUUUUUUUCCCUGUUGCCCAAAUCUCAUGGCAUUGCUGGUUGUUGUAUUCCAUUUAACUUCUUCAUAGUUAAUGGGAAACUCAGCUGCCCACAUUUAAUCUUCAACUCAAGUCUUCUCUUAUCCUGGUUUAUAAGCCCAAAAGUGUUACUAAAUGGCAACUUUGCCGAGGUUACCAAGUUCUUUGGGUAUCCUUUUUUUCCCUGUUGCCUAAAUUUGUCAGCAUUGCUGGUGUUUGUGUUCCAUUUACCUUCUUGAUGGUUAAUGGCAAACAGGCCCGCCUACAUUUAGUUAUCUGCUUUAUCUUUUCGUCUGUUAAUUUACAUCAAGUUGCUAUUGUCUCAUAUAGUUCACGCAGUUCACAUUUAAUUGACAAAUAUAUGAUUAGUCUCUCAUAUUUUAAGACUGCCAGUUUGCAAAUUUCAAGCCUUAAAUGUUGCAUAUGACUAUCCCUGUUGUUUGUCUGUGCUUCUCUCUUUCUCUGUUCCUCUCUGUCUUGAGUGGUUUUCCAUCCUAUUUAACCUGCUGUUGCUUGUUAAUGGUGAUCUGUGUGUUCGAUUGUGGAUAUCCUUUGCUUUCAGUUUAUUUAGCACUCAUAUAACAUGUCAAAGUAUAUUGGCAAUUGUUCCGAUGGUUUCCACAUCUGUGACAUAUAACAUGUCUUCUUGUUCUUUUCUGUUUCAUUGUGUAUUUGAUCACAGUGCGUGCUCUAUGUUUAGAAAACACAGAUUCUUCUCGCAAUGCCUUGAAAACAAACAAUUAUGAGAGUCGAAUUGAUGACAUCAACGGCGGAACCCGCCGAGGCAGUGCUCUGUUGAUGCCGAGAGACGGGAUCUUGGCCCGAAAGAAAGAAAAGGUGAACAGAGUUGAUCGAUGAUAUGACUGAUGAUGAGGCUUGAGGAGGGGGAUGACUUGGAUGAUCUUGGCUUUGUUCUUGCUGGAGGUGGUCCAGAGCUCAAUUAGCAAUUGAUUUCGUCGCUGUCAUAGAAAUAAGCUUGGGAUGUUUUCUCUCUUUUCGUUUUACAUUUAAUCUGUUCUCUGAGCUCGACUCUUUUGUGCACCCUGGAAAUAAACACAGAUUAACUUGAAUUAGCAUUCUAUAGGUUUUAGUAUGCUGAGCCUGUUGGACGUCUACUGUUUCGAACAUGUCAGAGAGUCAACUCCUCUAUAAAUUCCUUUUACGUUGAUCUAGCAGCAUAGUGUGUGCAUCCCACGGAUGAUAUUAAUAGUUUCACAAAGAAUGACAUGUCGGGUUCUUCGUGUCAGAGGAGAUCCUCAUUGACGCAGAUUAAGUUCAUCUUUAGCCGAUGCCGCAGACCUGCUCGACGAAAUGCCCCACCCGAAUCCCCCCACCGCAAGAUUCAUUGUCGCUCCCCUGCGCCGAGCAGGUCGAACCGCCAAGACCCGCCACAUCUUGGAUGGCGUCAAGGACCAUCAAGAUCCGUGCUGCUUGAACUCCUCGAUUGCUGGCGACGCCCUUAAUGGCCUCCGCGGGGAAGAAGGUCUACGUCUCUUUAAACGGUUCCAGACUAUGAAUCUUGAUCCGGACGAGUUCGCACUCUCCAAUCUGUUGUCACUAUCCGCCAAUCUCAAUGCGUUGAAAGAAGGGAGACAGAUUCAUGCUUUCGUGGUCAAGAAGAAUCUACCCAUGGACGUGGCCGCGAGCAAUUCGCUUGUUAAUCUUUACUUAAAGUGCGAUAGGGUGAGUGAUGCAGAGAAGGUGUUUGACAACAUGCCUGUGAGAGAUGUGUACACGUGGACCGGAAUGGUUUCUGGCUAUGCACUGAAUGGCAGUUUAGAGAAGGCCAUGGAUUUCUUCAAUAAGAUGCCUAUCAGAAAUGCAGUUUCCUGGAACUCGAUGAUCAAUGCUUGUCAGAGAGAAAAGCAUGAUGAGAUGGCGUUGGAAUUGUUCUGUAGGAUGAAGAUGCUAGGAGAACCUCCCAAUGGGUUGACAUUUGUGGCGGUGCUGAAGGCUUGUGCUAGCUUGCAACAUUUGGAAUAUGGCGAGGGAAUCCACUGCAGCUUAGUCAAACUGGGAUGGAUUAGGAAUGUCCUUGUUGGGUGUACACUGAUGGAUAUGUAUGCCAAAUGUGGUGGUUUACAAGAUGUUCAGAGAGCUUUUGAUGAUACUAAAGAGCAUAAUGUUGUCUCGUGGUCUAUCUUAUUGGGGGCAUAUGCUCAGAACGGGAAGAUUUUGGAGGCGGAGUCGAUCUUUACAGGAAUGAUGGAGAGAAAUGUGAUAUCUUGGAAUGUCAUGAUUGCUGGUUACGUGCAUAAUGGUAUGCAACAAAAAGCAUUCAUUCUUUUUGUCGAUAUGAUGAAUGAUGGCAUGAAACCAAAUUGCUUUACCCUCACGAGCCUCAUAAGUGGGUGCUCAAAUCUCCAAUAUGCAAGAAGUGGCAAAAAGUUUCAUGGGUAUGUGGUGAAAGAAGGCCUUCAAUCGGAAAUUUCGGUGGCCAAUUCUUUGAUAACAAUGUAUGGAGAGCAAGCAAAAGUCGGAGAUGCUCGUUUAAUAUUUGACAUGAUGUUUUGUUGUGAUGUGGUCUCAUGGACAGCGAUGCUAUCUGCUUAUAUUUCUGAUGGUGAUAUAGAUGCAGCUCAUGGCAUUUUUUAUAGGAUGCCUAGUAAGAACCUAAUAUCAUGGAACACAAUGAUGUUUGGGUACCUGCAAAUUUGUAGAAACAUGGAGAUCAACUCUAUAGGCAGGAUGAGACACCCAACUCCUCUGAUGUUCUUUUAUAACAUGGAACAAUCAGAUGUCAAACCUGACCAUUUCUCCUAUAACUGUGUGCUCAGUGUUUGUGCAAGCAUUGGAGCUCUAGAGCAGGCCAGGGCAAUCCACUGCAGAACUGUGAGAAGGGGAUAUGAAUCUGACCUAGGAGUGGGUAAUGCAUUGAUCACUGCCUAUGGAAAAUGUGGAGCUCUUAGUGAAGCAGAAAGGUCUUUUAGAAUUAUGACACAUCCCGACAUGAUAUCUUGGAAUGCAUUGUUGACUGGGUAUUCACAAAAUGGACAAGGAGAUAGAGUCCUUGGCUUCUAUCAGCAGAUGCAGAUAUCAGAAGUGACACCUAAUCAUGUCACAUUCAUAAGCUUACUUUCUGCAUGCAGUUAUCUGGGAGAGGUUAGCAAGGGCCUGGAGUACUUUGAAGGGAUGGAGAAAGAUCACGGUGUCAGUCCCACUAGGGAGCACUAUGCAUGUAUGGUAGAUCUUCUUGGUCGAGCUGGUUACCUGAAAGAGGCUGAAUCUCUUAUCAGAAAUAUGCCAAUAGAACCAGAUGCAGUUAUCUGGGGAGCAUUGCUAGGAGCUAGCAAAAUGCAUGGAGAUGCUGUGAUUGCUAAAAGAGCAGCUGAUCAAAUUAUUCUUCUGGAACCAGAUGACAGCUCUGCUCUUGUUUCAUUGGCCGAAACUUUUGCAGCAUCAAGAAUGUGGAAAGAUGUUGCUGAAGUGAGAGUAUUAAUGAAGCAAAAGAAGCUUCUGAAGGAACCAGGAUGCAGCCUGAUUGAAAUAAGGAACCAAACUCGCACAUUUCUGUCUGGUGACUCUUGCAGCCAUCUGAAGGAUUGCAUCCAUGAAUUGUUGAAUAGCCUUUAUGGUAACAUGAUUGAAGAAGGCUGUGCAGUAGAUUCUGCAUUAUUGGCUUUUGAUUUACUGUGACAUGUUUUAUUUAAGGGAGAAGGCUGCACACCGGAGUAUGGGCUCUUGGCUUUUUGCCACACCAUAGAUAAUGUUGGAUGGACAAAUCUGGACAUGCUUAUAUCAUUGGUAGUGAGGUUGGAUGAUGUAGAUGUUCCAAAAGAUCUGGGCAGUAGAGACACUGGAAAAAAUUAAUGUAUAUAACUACUCGCCUCAUAAAGUGAUUAGCAGUGAGCUGCUCUAGAAAAGCUAAAGGAAAAUAGGAGUUUUCUGUGAGCUUCUCUAAUUUUGUGUCAAGUUGGAAGGAUUUCUUUGUUCACAGUUCAAAACCAGAAAUUGGUUUUUAGGUAAGAUGAAAAACUGAUCAAGAACCUACUUAUGUUCUACUUGUUUUUUCUUUGGCACCUUCCGAAUAUUUUGCUUUACGGGUGACCAGGUGCUCCUCUAACCUUUGGAGCUUCAUUUGGAAAGGUAAUGUUCUUAGCUGGCAAUCUUUUUGGAGGUUGAAUCCUAGGAGCUUGUUAGGAGAAUUUAGGAAUGAGUGGAGUGCCAGGCAGUGGAUAAUGUCGGCAUUGCAACAUGAUUUCUUAUAUUUUUGAUAGUAGAGUCCUCUUCCCUAGUGGAAAUAAGUUUUGGCUCUUUCCAGCUGUGGAAUGACGCUAGACGCCGCAAGUUAGCACCACCUCACCUAGGUGGGUUCCUUUUUCAUUUGUUUUAGUGUCUGCCUACGGCAUUUCAUUACAAAUGUUAUAGCAUGCUAAAGGUUAUCUUUCAUUUUUCCGAUGACUUAGAUUAAUUAGAUCUUCCUGUCAUAUUGCAAAUUUAACUGCAACAAACUUUUAUGUGAGUGCUAUGACUGCUGACACACAGAAGUUUGUCACCUUCAUGAAUUUUAGUUGUUUGAGUACGUAAAUGCAGAGUUUGCCUUUGCAAUUUAUUUCACUUUACAUUCAUGAUAUAAGAAUUGCAGGUGGAAAACAUGGAAUUGGAUGUGGAAGAAAUUGUGAAUCGUAUAUUGUAAGCCUACUAGUUUUGCUCCAGAAUUGUCUGCACAAAUGAAUGCUUAUGCAUGGUAAAGCUGCUUUCAUGAUCUUGGGAUAGCAAGCUGACAUGGAUAGGUUUGAAUGGCACUUGAUAUUUCUGAACAGUCAUUCAAGAAAAGUUAUUGGGAGAACCUCGAGCACUACAAAGAUAUGGAGUUGCAAUCACUCAAAUGGCAGACAUCUAUGAUCGAUAGAUUCAGCGAGCAAAAUUCUAAUGGGUGCUGCACUAGAGAAUCCUUGCUGUUGUCCACUCAGCACCAAUUUGAAGCUCCCGCUCCCAAGGCUACCAGUUGGCAUGUCCAAGUGUUGUGAAUCUUGAGAAACCUCUCCAAGAUUCGUGAAAAAAAUCCGCGGGAAUAUUGUCAAUAACGGGAAAUAAUAUUUUGAUUGAUUCAAUCAUGAAAGGAAUUAGUCUUUUGAUUGAUUCGGUCGGGGAAGGAAUUAUUCAUCGAAUUGAUUUAGUCUGAUGUAAUUUUUCAUGAAUUUAAAGACAUGUCGAUGAGUAAUAACAUGUUUCUAAUCUACUU